AGGCAACGGCGGAAGUGGCGAAAAAGAGAAAGGCGGAGGUGGCGGCGGCGGAGGAGGGCUGCGGCCUGGCUCAGAACUCGGAGAGGCCGGACGGAGGGACCCGGAGUCGCCGCCGUCGUCGUCGUCGCCGCCGUUUCCGCUGCUGGUGCUGAGGAGGGCUCGGCCCCGCGGAGGCAUCAUGAGCGAACAGCAGCUGGACUGUGCCUUGGAUUUGAUGAGGCGUCUUCCUCCCCAGCAGAUAGAGAAAAACCUCAGUGACCUGAUUGAUCUGGUUCCCAGCCUUUGUGAAGAUCUCUUGUCCUCUGUUGACCAGCCUCUGAAGAUUGCUCGAGACAAGGUGGUGGGCAAAGACUACCUUCUGUGUGAUUACAACCGGGAUGGCGAUUCCUACAGGUCACCCUGGAGCAACAAAUACGAUCCACCGUUGGAAGAUGGCGCCAUGCCUUCGGCUCGCCUGCGCAAGCUUGAGGUGGAGGCAAACAACGCCUUUGACCAGUACAGAGACUUGUAUUUUGAAGGCGGCGUUUCCUCGGUCUACCUCUGGGAUCUGGAUCAUGGCUUCGCCGGGGUGAUUCUAAUUAAGAAAGCCGGCGACGGAUCAAAGAAGAUCAAAGGCUGCUGGGAUUCCAUCCACGUGGUAGAAGUUCAGGAGAAGUCCAGCGGCCGCACUGCCCACUACAAGCUGACCUCUACGGUGAUGCUGUGGCUGCAGACAAAUAAGACCGGCUCGGGCACGAUGAACCUCGGAGGCAGCCUCACCAGACAGAUGGAAAAAGACGAGACAGUGAGCGACUCCUCUCCACACAUAGCCAAUAUUGGCCGCUUGGUUGAGGACAUGGAGAAUAAAAUCAGAAGUACACUGAACGAGAUUUAUUUUGGAAAGACAAAGGACAUUGUCAAUGGGCUGAGAUCAAUUGAUGCUAUUCCUGACAACCAAAAGUAUAAGCAGUUGCAGAGAGAGCUCUCCCAAGUAUUGACCCAGCGGCAGAUGUACAUUCAGCCAGAUAACUAAACCGGCUCAGGUCUGUGCAGACGUUUGCGGACAAAUCAAAGCAAGAAGCUCUCAAGAACGACCUGGUGGAGGCGUUGAAGAGAAAGCAGCAAAGUUAGAAACCAGUAUCUCCCUUGACGAUGCUAACGAGACAUACCACGCACUCAUUAGACACCCUUCCUUAGACAUUUUUUUCUCCCUUGCAUCCUCCUCCCUUCUGCCUCCCCAUUAUUUUCUUCUACGUCAGAUCACUUCCUGCAUACAAUACUCUUCUGCUCAUAAAAAGCACCUCCAUUCCCCACUCCCACCCCCGAAUAAAGCUGUAUAAACUUUU